CAGUUCAGGGGAUCUUGCCGUGCAUCGCUCAAAGCCGGAACAAAUCCUCGACCCUGCCGGCCGACUGGGAAACCCCGCGGAUCCGUGCACUCACGCCUGGGAGACCCCGUGCCCAGGGCGGGACCAGUGGUGGAUGCGCAUGCGCGCUCUGGUUUCCAGGGUGACGCUGUGGAGGGGCAGGGGAAAGCGGACCCGGCAGGCCCAACCCGGCUCAGCCGGGGAGCGGGAACCGCGGAGCCGCAGGCUCGACCGGCUGGCGCAGGGAUGGAGUCCUCAGCUUCUGGGGUGUUCUGCAGCAGAAUGUUGAGUAUGGUGAACCGUGAGGAUGUUAAUGCCAUUGUCCAGGCACAGAGACACAUGCUGGACCGUUUUGAAAAAACAAACGAGAUGUUGCUGAACUUCAACAACCUGUCGAGCGUGAGGCUGAACCAGAUGACCGAACGAUACCUGCACCACACCCGUGCUCUUGUGGAGAUGAAAAAGGAUCUUGACAGUAUCUUCCGCCGGAUAAGGACACUAAAGGACAAACUUUCAAAGCAGCAUCCAGAAGCAUUCAGCAGUAUCCACGAGUCCUUAGAGGUGGAAGAUGAAGAUUUUGAUCCUAACCCAAAGAGCUCAUUACCUCUCUCCGACACUUUAGAACUGAGCUCCGAUUCCAGUAACACCAGUCCAACUUUACUCACGCCCGGAGCAAGUGGGGACUCAGAAGAUGUGCCAGUGAUUAAGGAACAGGAUGGGCAUGUGCAGCUCGUGACUGAAGGUGGGGGAGAGUAAACUCCAAACGUGUACCUGCAGAAUGUUCCUCCGUUGGGAGGGGUGAAGGCAGUAUGAAAGCCAGGCCCAGAGACCUGCUGAGCUCACAAAGAAGCAUCUGGUGUGUUACUGUUGAGGCAAAGACACUGGGUUAACGCCUGUGGGGGAGAAAUGAAUUCUCCUCAACCAUUCACUGUCUCUCUUGUUCAUUUUAAUUGCAGUGUGGAUUACUCAGUGAACCUGAUCACUGUGAGUGCUAGAGGUUUACAGUGAAACACCUGUGUGAUUGUAAGGAUUUAAUGGUGAGAUACUGUUGUUAUGCCACACUCGCUGUGUGACUGUAGGAUUUCUGCAGUGUGGAUUUAUGAUAAAAAUGUAAAAUGCAACAAAAUAAAAUAUAGCUGGUAAGAUGGAAUCUGUUCUGUGUCGGGUGGGAGGGCUUAAUGUCUUGAAGCUGCUGUGGUUGGAAUAGAAUGAUUGGGGGAGUGUUUAUCUUGUGUAGUGAUGCGUCUAUUGUCAGGAAGAUGUAUGCCUUGGCAAAUUAGAUGCCCCUAGUAUGACCAACUGCUCCGACAAUACCUUAAUGUCCUCAUCCCUUUUUGAAUCAAGAUACA